CCACCAGCAGUGUGAGGAGACCUGAAAGUGAUGCACAUGGCAGAGUGUGGCGAUGGAGACAGCAGCAAUGGAGGAGGCCGUACAGGGACCCAUGAGACACUCUAGGACCUGGCAAGCAGCAUGAGAUCGGCGAGUGUGGCGAUGGAGACAGCAGCAAUAUGGUGAGGCCGUACAGGGACCCAUGAGAUACUCUGGACCUGGCAGCAGCAUGAGGAGGGCGGUACGGGGGCCCAUGGCAGAUUACGAGCCUGGCAGCAGCAAUGGGAGGCCCUGUAAUCUGCCAGCACAGCCUAUUAGACAAAAUGGAACCCACCAGCAGUGUGAGGAGACCUGAAAGUGGCACAU